GCCGGAUCACAUGGUUGGUGUUUUGCCGGUUUAUGUUACUGCUGUUUCCAGUGAACUUGGCAAUUUCAAGUUGAUUGUCUCACAACAGUGAGUUUUACACUGUCUUCCUUGUCGCUGGACUUUGACUGCCUGCUACCAAGAUGGCAGAAGCACAUGCUGCUGUUGCUUUUCAGUUUACUGUCACCCACGAAGGGAUUGAUGUCAAUGUUAACCAUGAAGCUUUGAAAGCUGUCUUUGAAAGUAGUAAAAGAUCAUGGAAGAAGAGGUGGGCUCGAUUCAGGAAUCACUUUGUGACAACUACAUAUCCAGCCAGCCCAGCAAGUUGGCUAGCUGUUGUUACUGUUAUUAUUGCAUGUUUGUUAGCCAAAAUUGGUUAUUUUGAUCAGCCAGCAGAUACCUAUGUUGCUGCAGUUAUCUUUUCAACCAUUGCAUGGUUGUCUGUGAUAUUCUUUUUGAGAUGUUCUCUCAAAAUGUUACUCUAUUACCAUGCUUGGAUCCAUGAACCCAGAGGCAAGAUGACUCUGAAAACCAAACUAUGGAAUGGUGUGUUGAUGCUGCUAUGUUCCAAAGCCCCAAUGUUGUACAGCUAUCAAAGUGCUUUGCCAAAUUUAAGACUACCUAAGCUGGAAGACACCAUGACUCGAUAUCUGCGUUCCAUUCGUGGUUUAACUACUGAUGAACAGUAUAACAGAAUGAGUGGUUUAGUAAGCGAAUUUCAGAAUGGUAUUGGAAAGAAGUUACAGCGCUACUUACUGCUGAAGUGGCUGUUUUCCUCUAACUACGUCAGUGAUUGGUGGGAAGAGUAUGUCUACCUGCGAGGGCGCUCUCCAAUUAUGGUCAAUAGUAAUUUCUAUGGAUUGGAUGCUAUUCACUCUAAGCCAACUUGUAUACAAGCUGCCCGGGCCGCUAAUAUGAUAAUUGGUCUUCUGAAAUUCAGGAGGACAAUAGAGAGACAGCAGUUGAAACCGUUAACUUUAAACAAGUACGUUCCUCUGUGUUCCUGGCAAUAUGAAAGACUGUUCAACACUACACGUAUACCCGGCCCAGAAACAGACAAGCUUGUCCAUUUUAAAACGAGCAAACACAUUGUUGUAUAUAGUGGUGGUUGUUAUUACAAAGUUAUAAUUCAACACUUGGACAGCAACAAAAUAUUGAAACCAUGCGAACUAGAAAAACAAUUACAGGGCAUACUGGAUAGUGAUGCCCAACCUGCCCCUGGGGAAGAAUGCCUUGCUGCUCUUACUGCUGGUGACAGGACACCAUGGGCCUUUGCUCGUGAGAAGCAUUUCCGUUCUGGCGUAAACCGAACAUCAUUGGAUGCUAUUGAUAAGGCAGCAUUCUUUGUAACUUUCGAUGAUGCGAAACCGGAAUAUGAUAAAGAAGACCACAAUAAACUCAACUCCUAUGCUCGUUCCUGUUUACAUGGUAAUGGCUACAAUAGAUGGUUUGAUAAGUCUGUAACAUUUAUUGUCUUCAAGAAUGGACGAGUGGCAAUAAAUAUCGAACAUUCGCUUGCCGAUGCUCCAAUCAGUGCUCAUAUGUGGGAGUUCACAAUGGCAGAAGAUUUGUUGAAUCUAGGUUAUCGUGAAGAUGGUCACUGUAAAGGAGAAAGCAAUAAACAACUCGUAGCACCAGUCAGAUUACAAUGGCAGAUAGGAGAAGAGUGUGAGGAAGCUAUCCAGUCCAGUUUACAUACUGCCACCAAGUUAUUGAACGACGUUGAUCUUCAUCUAGAAAUGCAUGGUGCAUUUGGGAAAGGGUUUAUCAAGAAGUGUAACGUCAGUCCAGAUGCUUUUAUUCAGAUGGCCAUGCAGCUGGCUUAUUUCAGAGACGCCGGUAAAUUCAACCUGACAUAUGAGGCGUCCAUGACAAGGAUGUACCGAGAAGGACGUACUGAAACUGUCAGACCAUGUACUGUUGAGUCAUGUGACUUUGUGUAUGCUAUGGAUGAUCCUACUAAAACGGAUGCUGAGCGUGUGGAUCUACUUCAUAAGGCAUGUGAAGUGCAUGUGAAAUCCUACAGAGACGCCAUGACAGGUCAUGGUAUUGACAGGCAUUUAUUCUGUCUAUAUGUUGUAUCCAAGUACUUGGAAGUGGACUCGCCAUUCUUGAAGGAGGUGUUGAGUGAGCCUUGGAAGUUAUCCACAAGUCAGACACCAUACCAGCAAACCACUUUGUGGGAUCUUUCCAAGCAUAUUGAUUUUGUGUCUGCAGGCGGUGGUUUUGGACCUGAUGCUCUAAAGUUCGGAACACGUAUACGUGAAGCACUCUCGGACUUGCGAAGGGUGUUUGAAUCUGUGAACAAGUAA